AUGACGAAGACAUCGUUCAGCGUACCUGGCGCACGAAAGCCCGAGAUGUUCAUCUACGACACGGCUUGCGAGGCCAAGCAGCAAGCCAUGAACCUCGACGACGACUGGUGGGAUGACGUCCAUAUGGUCGUUGAUCCGUGGCACCUUGUCACGAAACACAAGACCACUCACGAUUUUUGUCAGAAGUACUGUAAUCCGGCGAGCUAUCCCGAGCUCAUGCGCGAAGAUGGUAAAGGGUGGUGGUUUAAUACGUCAGUCGCCGAGCAGACGAACGUUUGGUUGGGCAGCUAUCACUCUAUCUUGAAGGAGAUGCUGCCCAUCAAAUACAAUUUCUUCCUGGACGAGAUGAUUCGUCUCAAGAACAUUGAUACUAUACAGACUUUGAAGGAUAGACGACUUAUGCCCAUGUAUUACCCAUCAGACACUGAAGCUCUAGAGUCUGUUCUUACAUAG